GAUUAUCGUUCAGCAAUGCCCUAGACUAGUCAAUAAACGUAACGCGUAAAUUUCGUGACACGUAAGGCACUGAAUCGUGAUAAAUAUUAAUCUCUGAAUCUAUUCGAGAAUCUAGUAGCAUGUGUAAUCAAUUACAUCAUUUAUGUAAAUAAACCAAUAAUCACUCCUUGUUCCGUUCUGAUAAAAAAAAAACAACAGCAUCUAUCAUGACAGAGGACGUAAAUCGGGUGAACAAAUGCUACAAAGAGUCUCUGAAGCCCACUGCUAAAACGAAUGUGUUGGAAUGCAGAGUUUGCGAAGAGGUAUUCACAGUGGAUGGAAUGAAAGUUCCAAGGCUGUUACACUGUGGCCAUACAGUAUGUCACUCCUGUCUACUCCAUCUAAGGCCCUGCAUGAAUGAUCAGCAGUUCUUGUUAUGUCCGUUCGACAGACAACCUAUGGACAUUAGUCAGAACAAUAUUUAUGGCUUGAAGAAGAACUUUGCUUUGAUCGAGCUGCUCGAAAGGCUGGAAGAAUCAAAUUGCGAGAAAACACUAGUGUUGGAACGAGAAAGGCUUCAGUCGAAUCAGUCAUGCGACGAGGAUGAAGCGCACACUGCUGUGUUGUACUGUACCAUUUGCGCCAUUCACUUAUGCGAGAAUUGCGACAAUACCAUUCACUCGUCCAAAACGUUGAGUAAACAUAAAAGAGUGCCCCUGUCGGAGAAACCAAAGGACAAGCCAAAGUGUCCAGUGCACACUACGCACGUAGCAGAAUUCACGUGCAGCCAAGAAGGCUGCCACAAUUCGCUUAUGUGUUAUCUGUGCAAGGACUAUGGCAGGCAUAGUACGCAUAAGCUGGCUCUGGUGGAAGUUGAGGCCGAAAACAUCAGGAAGUCCAUAAUCACUGCUCUGCAAAAGAUGACGCAGUUCAUGGAGAGCAUGAGGGACACAGCGAAUAGAAUAGACACUGUGAUACAGGACUUGGAAGGAUGGGCCAUAGAAGAUGCAAGGCAGAGAGUUCGACAGCACUUCGAGGAACUAAGAGUUCUGCUAGCAGAACAAGAGAAAGCAGCCAUUUCCUGUAUCGAGGCAGAGACUCGUGGGAGGCUGCGCGCUCUGAGACAGCAGCAAGAAGAUCUCACCACCACCAGGUCUCAAGUAGCUGACGUGUGUAUUCAGUGUGAAAGUAUUUUGGAUUCUGAGGAUUGGAAGCUGCUGAACAGCGCCACGAAAGUCAAGGAAGUCUUAACCACGCUUGAGCAGCAACAGCAACACUAUGCUCAAUUAGGACCAGACUUCCUUACACCUGAAUCUUCGAUACCCAUAAUAUUUAGCAGGGACAACCGGGUACACAUUGGUACAAAGAUUGACAUGCGUGUGGUGAUCCUUGGGCUUGACGGUGCUGGGAAAACUAGCAUCCUAACAGCUAUGCGAGGUAUCACGCUUACCAGUCCUCCCAUACCCACCAUAGGGUUCAACGUGGAAAGCCUGGAGUAUAAGAAUUUAGUGUUCACACUGUGGGACGUUGGGGGCCAACAGAAAUUCAGACCCUUGUGGAAACACUACUACCACAACACACAGGCAGUUAUCUUUGUCGUCGAUGCCAGUAACAGGUCAAGAUUCGAGGAGGCACAGAACGAGCUGUCCAAAAUCAUAAAUGAACGUAAACUUAAGGAUGCCCUCUUCCUUAUAUACGCUAACAAGCAGGAUGUACCUGGCUGCGCCAGCGUCGAAGAACUGACAGACAUUCUCUGUUUACAAAAGCUCUGCUGCGGACGAGCGUGGCACAUCCAAGGCUCGUCGCUAGUCGCAAAUGCUGGCGGCUUUACGCAAGGCCUCGACUGGUUAACGCAACGACUGGGAACCCCCGAAACAUUGUACACGAUACCCACAGUAUCGUAAAGCAAAAAACAUACACACGUUUAGGUAUUUUCUUUCCUUCUUCAUACACGCUCACAGUUCGUAUAAAUUCAAUUGUUAGUUGUCCCUCUACAAACUAAGUAUUACACAUUCCAGAAACAUGUUUGUCGAUAACUGAAGGUUGUGAGGAAAGUGAUAAAAACGGUAGAAUCAUCGUAGUCAUCAUUAGUGUAAAACGCAUGCAUCUUUGUUAUGACAAUAUAUGUAUAAUUGUGCCGAUGAGGAGCAAUUUAGUAGGCGAAACAAAUAAAAACGGUUCCCCGAGCACGUCUAGAAAAGUCUUAUUUAUUACAUUUUGUUUAUUGGUUUUUGCCUUCGAUACAUGAAUCAUACCCAAUUUUACUUUUUUUUACUUGUUCACUCAGUCACGUCCGCGCGCGCACACACAUCCCAAUCACACGU